CAUCACUACUUUGUUUUGGCUUUCCACGAAACAUCUUCUUUAUCCAACAGUAAUUGUGUAAUGUUGAGCCGGUUUGAAUGGUCAACCAUUUGUGCAUGUAUUUGUAUAUAAUUUGCCUACAUGUAUUGAGAGCAUAUACUGAAGGCAACAAGGCAGCAUUCAGGAAGUCUCUCGAUAAGCCCCUUGUGAGGUUACUGUGAUAAACACAAUGAACGGACAAAAGCACUUCCGCAUAGCACUGAAAUGACGUAAUGCUGGCCAGAGGACAGUAUGGGCUCAAAUCAAUAUAUGACUCACAGUAUUGGACUGUGCGAUGAUUUCUUUGGUCUUCCCAUGUUUGACGAGACUUUGGCAUUUAGGAAUUGAAAACCAUAAAAGUAUUGAAACGGGAUUGAAUACAGUCUUGCUGAAUUGAUAAGUCAAAAUCGACGUCUGCAGAUGUCUCCAAACUUGAAUCACAUUCUAACAACUUGAAUUAGGCUAUCCACUCGUGUGCUACUCGAACACUUGUUUAUUAUACCCAAUAGGGCCCCUUUAUCUCGACCAUAAUACCAAGAGGUGCUGCGAUUUAUGUCGUUAUGUAUCCUUUAACAUGGAGAUGUGUCAUUUCUCAAGUUCGGACGUUUCUCGUACUCUCACCGAUGAUCUUCCAUCGUCAUGCUUUUGCCCAAAUCUCCGUGGAUCAAGGACCAACGGAUGUCGCCGUCGUGCAAGGAGGGACUGCGACUUUUGUCUGCGAUCUGAGCAAGGUGACCGGGUAUAAAAUCUACUGGUACUAUCUGGAGGGAUCAUUGGCCAGAUACUUGAGCAUCGGGAGAGCGGUGGGCGUGAGUACGCCCCUGUCUUCGGACCUUCUGAGUCGCCUGUCCAUCAUCGGGGAUGAAAGUCGAGAGGAGUUUACGUUGAGGAUCACGAAUGUACGAGCAACUGAUAGCGGCGCGUACUCCUGCCUCUAUGCACAUGAUGGAGGUUCCUUGCAGACCGCUGGGGCAGGCAGACUCACCGUGCUAAUUCCGCCCAGUAUGGAGUCACCAGUGUGCGUCGUGGAGGGUACAUCGGGAACCGCUGAUCACUUCGAUGUGGGAGCUUUGAUCAGCCUGUACUGCUACACGUCUGGUGGGGACCCUUCCCCCACCGUGGUUUAUUACAGGGACGGGGAGAGGUUGACGGGGCUAGCCCGGUCGAUUGGUCACCAGUACCGCCUCGCUGCCGAGGAUAACGGCGUGGUGUUCACGUGUGUCAUGACCACGCCUGCCUUGGAUGAGUCGCGUAACUGCUCUGUGACGCCGCUGAGAAUCUUACCACAGGCCACCAUCCUACCAGCACUAUCUAGAGUUGAGGAGGGGACUUCUGCAUCAUUCCAAUGUAACGGUGAGGGCGUGCCUAGCAUUGUAAAGUUCAGAUGGAGAGUGACAAAUGUUGACACUGGACUUGUCCUACCCGCAGAAAGAUACUUCAUAACUAAGAACGGCCGCUCAUUGGAGAUAGCAGUGAAGGAAAAUAUUGAUUUACUCUGUAUUGUCAGUGUGCCGUCUGGACUGUCCGGUAAUACAACCGUCAGAGUUGAAGUCAUUAAGCGAGAGUUCUCCACUAUGGCCGUUCAGUCCACUGUAGAGCAGCGCGCAUCCAGGGAACCAUCCACCUCAUCCCCUCCUGUCGCUAUCAUCGUCGUGGUGGUUGUACUCGCCUUGGUCACCAUAGGCCUCGUCACCGUGGUCUGGUUUCUUCGGAAAAGAAAACAACAGAGGAGAUCCAAGAUACCCAUCGAUCCAAAAGAUGGGCACAAUAUGAGCGACAUGGCUACCGAGUACGCCGAAAUCGGCAGACCGACUCAAAACAGCCUGACACCAGACGCUGGGCUGCACCAGGCAGGCAUUGUCAUGGCAGCGACGGGAGGCGGACUCGUGGCCAGCAACCCUCUCUACGCCCUACCUGAUAAUCGGGUGCGAGUCGGCUCCAUGGGCCGGAGUGAGCAAAGUUCGUCUCCCGACAUGAAACCUGACAAGAAACGAGCAACCAACAAUAACGACGAAACGAUGCCAGCAACAACAGCAAACGAUGAUGAUGCCGACGGGACUCUGACUCGUCUCCUUCCCGCAGACACGCCGCAGUACGCCCAGCUGGACAAGUCCAAGAAGACCAGAAAGAGCGGGGAACACACCGGGAUCGAGUACAGCGCCGUGCCGGCGGAGGAGCCUCAAGAAGCUGAUUCCGGGCUGGUGUACGCUGAUCUUGAUCUAGACUCAUCAUCACCGAGCAUCACCGAGAACACGGGGUUGCCCUCCGCCUCGGAAAAGACCGUGUACGCCACGAUUCACACUUGAUGUUGGGUCGCAGGUGUAAUACGUUUGUGACAUUUCAAAUCACUGUGGAUAACAGAACCUUUCAUUGUCGCAGUGGCACAACACUUGCUGUGGUCACAAAAGUUUCCUUAGAAAUUGAAUAGCCAUUCAAGCUGCAUUUGGUGUUAUAUACCAUUGCAACACGAAAUGAAGACAAAUCUUCUAAGAAUUUUUUUUCGCUCUCUAAACCCAAACAAAAAACGACUUUUCAAGUUACGAAAUUUUA